UGUCCCGUGAGGCUCUGAGCGGCCGCAGCUUUCUACCGGAAAGAGUUUCUCUGAAUUAGGGGAGGAGCCCAAAAAGGAUUGUGGGAGAAAGGCUCUUCCUUUCCGUCUGGCCGCAGCCAUCAGGUAAGCCAAGAUGGGUGCUUACAAGUACAUCCAGGAGCUGUGGAGGAAGAAGCAGUCCGAUGUCAUGCGCUUUCUUCUUAGGGUGCGCUGCUGGCAGUAUCGCCAGCUUUCUGCACUCCACAGGGCCCCCCGCCCCACCCGGCCGGAUAAAGCGCGCAGGCUGGGAUACAAGGCUAAGCAAGGUUAUGUCAUAUAUCGGAUUCGUGUCCGCCGUGGUGGCCGCAAACGCCCAGUUCCUAAGGGUGCGACCUAUGGCAAGCCUGUCCAUCACGGUGUUAACCAGCUAAAGUUUGCUCGAAGCCUUCAAUCUGUUGCUGAGGAGCGAGCUGGACGCCACUGUGGGGCUCUGAGAGUCCUGAAUUCUUACUGGGUUGGUGAAGAUUCCACAUACAAAUUCUUUGAGGUUAUUCUCAUUGAUCCAUUCCAUAAAGCUAUCAGACGGAAUCCUGACACCCAGUGGAUCACCAAACCAGUCCACAAGCACAGGGAGAUGCGAGGGCUGACGUCUGCAGGCCGCAAGAGCCGUGGCCUCGGAAAGGGCCACAAGUUCCACCACACUAUUGGUGGUUCUCGUCGUGCAGCUUGGAGGAGGCGCAAUACUCUCCAGCUUCAUCGUUACCGCUAAUAUGUUUGUAAAAUUCUUUCCUAAUAAACAAUUUAGGACAGUCAUGUCUGCUUAAAAGUGUUCUUUGUUAAAACUAGUCUGCAGAUUGUUUCAUGAAUGCAUUGUCAAAUUAUGAAAGUUAAAGUGCAAUAAUGUUUGAAGACUUAAGUGAUUGGUGUAUCCUAUUUGUCAAACACUUGUCUUUGCUUUAUCUUAUUAGGGAGUUUAUAUGUCAGUGUUUAAAAUGCUGUUUGGUAUAAUAGGUGUUAAAUAAGUUCUGUGAAAAAGGAGUACAGAACUAGCAAUGUAGAUUUGUUGGUGCAUGUGAUGAAACCUACAGCAUUUUGGUAAUGCAGUGCUCUGCUGGUUUAUUCUCAAGGGGCUACUUUUUUGGAGUUUGGCAAGAACAAACAUUUUAAAUUGAAUUUUGCUUGGAAAUGUAAAGGAUAUCCUAAUCCAUUCUAAUCAUAUGCAGAAAAGUGAAAGUUGACUAGAGGGCCCAUGUAUUCAGAUGUAACCUAAUUAUUCACAAAACUUAUUCUUCUGGAAGAAAAAUUUAAAGCCGCCAUUACUAGGAAAUUUGAACAAUCCUGUUGUAAGAGAGUUGGUCAUAUUACAAAUGGAAGAAAUCUUGGUUAACCUAAACAAAAUUGGCUUGGCCUCCAGAGUCCCGUUGAAAUUCACAAAAGGAGAAGCAGCUCCUUGUUCAAUCUCAUGACUCCAUGGGAUCUAUAGAAUACUGAAUUUCAUGCAAAGUUGGUAAACUGGUAUAUACUGAAACUGAUGGAAAUUGAACAUAAGAUAGACAAGGGAAUUUAUUAGCCUUAGAGUUUGUUGUAGUGUUAAUUCGUGACCAUUAUGAACACUAACUACCUUAAGAUAAAAAUAUGGUUGGCUUUAUUUAAAAGUACUUCAUUACUUAGUCCAGUCUUAGAAGCAAGUCAUCUUGGGCCAACCCACAUGAUCCCAUAGGGCUAUUGAGAAAAGUCAUGUUGGUAUCAGUACAGAUUCAUGGUUUCUGAUGUAACUAGUUUUUCUCUCCUUGUUGAAACUACCUUCAAAAUUCUUAUUCCACAAACUUUCCAGGCUUUCAGCUGCGUCUACCUUAAUGAUAAAGCAUACUACAACAUUCUGUUUUCCAGGGUGAAUUAGAGUAUAGGAAAUACAGAAGAGGAAUUGCCCCAAUUUCAAAUUCUGGGUUUGCUGAUUUCAGAAUAGGUAGUUUGAUUCCAAAACCUAAUUGCUGUGUAUUUCCUUGAACCAACUUCCCUAUUUUGUUCAGGGGUCUUAAAAAGCUCAGUUAAAUGAUUUCCAGAAAACAUGUAGCAGACUCAAAACCUCUUGAGACCAAAAUUCCAUUCACAAAUCUUAAACCAUCUAUUUUGUGUGUAGAGGUUGUUUAAAAGAAUAAAUGUCUGUUAAACUAAAA